AUGCAGCAAGAACCCGAAGAUGCUCCGCCGACUAAGCGCCGUCGACUCGAUGAUGUUGAUUCGCCCAAAGAGGAAAUGCUUGAGAACCAGCCUUGUUCGACAGAAUCAACCAAGGGUCUCGAUAGACCGAUUAGCCCCCCGUCAUUGUCGAAGCGGGUGGGGACAGCCGAGCCAACAACACGUUUCAUCCCAUCGCCCGUGCAGCUCACGCAGAUUGAAAAGUUGCCCAGAGAGAAGAAUGUCGAUACGGUGUGCUUGUCCGAUUUGCUGGGAGAUCCCUUGAUCAAUGAGUGUUGGAACUUCAACUAUCUGUUCGACCUGGAUUUUGUCAUGCAACACUUUGAUUGGGACGUUAGGAAGAUGGUCAGGAUCAAGAUUGUGCAUGGCUUCUGGAGGGGUGAUGACAAAAACAGGAUGACAUUACUGGAAGCAGCAGAAGAAUAUCCCAACAUCGAGCUCAUAAGUGCAUAUAUCCCAGACCCAUUUGGUACCCACCAUUCGAAAAUGCUCAUUCUCUUCCGAUAUGAUGACACCGCUCAAAUCAUUAUCCAUACAGCCAACAUGAUUCGCCGCGACUGGGCAAAUAUGACACAAGCAGUUUGGGUGUCACCGUUACUUCCACUCUUGAGGCAUACUACAUCGGAGGAAUCAAAGUCAACUAGCAUCCACUCUAUCGGAAGCGGCGAACGAUUCAAAGUUGAUCUUCUUCGUUACUUGUAUGCGUAUGGAAAGGGUACGAGGGCUUUGACCUCCCAGCUUAAACACUACAACUUCUCGGGCAUUCGGGCAGCGUUCCUUGGAAGCGCGCCAUCAAGACAGAAACCUUCUGCGGCCAGUCCUUCACACACUGCUUUUGGCUGGUUAGGGCUAGACCAGAUACUUUCUGGUAUUCCAGCCAAGGCAUCAGAAGACAGUUCCCGUCCUCACGUUGUCACUCAAAUCUCGUCAGUGGCAACACUAGGUGCGACACCAACAUGGCUUUUCCAUUUCCAGUCCAUUCUUUCGCGCUGUUCGAAUGUCAAUGAUUCAGAAAAAGAAGAGGCGUCAUCGUCAUUCACAGAAGCAUGUACAUUAUCCAUCCAGCAAAAGACCAAUACAGUAGGAGCACCAGAACCCAAGUUCAGCGUCGUAUUUCCAACUCCGGAUGAGAUCCGCAUGUCCCUAGAUGGCUACAGUUCUGGCGGGUCCAUCCACUGGAAAUUCGAGUCCGCCCAACAGCAAAAACAGCUCGAAUACAUGCAUCCAAUACUCUGUCACUGGGCACCCGUAUCCCAGCCCGAUCAACCUCAACGAAAAGCACACCGCAGCACAGCAGCACCACAUAUCAAAACGUACAUUCGCUUCAGCGACGAAACCCACACGACCAUCGAUUGGGCUCUGCUUACAAGCUCCAACCUAAGCAAGCAAGCAUGGGGCGACGUGGCUAAUAAAAACGACGAAAUCCGCAUUCAGUCAUGGGAAACAGGUGUAGUGCUGUGGCCUGCUUUGUUUGCAGAACAUGAGCACUCAUCGACGAUAAUGGUCCCCGUGUUCGGGAUUGAUAAUCCAGAGGCGGACAGCACAUACGAGGCAAAGAAAGGGACCGUGGUUGGGUUUCGCAUGCCAUAUAAUCUACCACUCGUACCGUACUCGGCGGAUGAGCGACCUUGGUGUGCGACGAUGGCGCAUAAGGAGCCAGAUCGGUAUGGACGUACCUGGGCUGGUUGGGGACAUUGA